AAUUCUGAUGACCAGCGAGGAGCUCUCCAGACCGCGAGGCCGACUCCCCACGGCCGUCAGUGCAGCGCUUAGCAGGGCGACACGAGCAGCCAUUCCAUCAUCAUCGUCGUCAUCGUCAUAAUCAUCAACGUCAUCAUCCUCAACAUCUUCAACAUCGUCAGCAACACGGGGCAUUUGCAUUAAAAAGGCCACGUGGUGCGCGUACGGGGAGACAAAGCUGAAAUAAAGUUGGUGAAUUUACUGCUGCUGCUGUUUCCAAUUGACGAGAGACAGAGACGGCAGAGACAACGACAACAACAACAAGAAUAAGAAAUAUAUAAGAGAAAAAAAUCAAUCAAGACCAUCCUCGUCGUCGUCGGCGAUACGGACUAAGGAGAGAACACGUGCGCCGCCGCCGCGUACGGGGAGACGAAUUGAAAGUUGGACAGCCGACCCCGGCCAUGGCCUCUACAUUCGGCGGGGCUCCGCGGUUCCUCUCGCGGCCGCGGGCCCCGCGUGGCCUCGUCCUGGGCGCGGACGCCACCAUCAACUGCAAGAUCGCGGGCGAGCCGGCGCCCGUCGUCCUCUGGGAGAAGGGGGGCGAGCGGCUGGGCGCGGGGGGCCGCUACCGGCCCUACGAGGACGGCGACGGCGGCUACGGCCUCGUCAUCAGCGAGGUGCGCGGCGACGACAGCGGCCUCUACACGUGCCGCGCCUCCAACGGCGUGGGCGAGGCCUACAUGGCCGUGACCCUCAGCGUGCCGGCGGCGGAGGGACCGCCGGGCGUGACCCCGUCCAUACGGACACCGCCACCAACACGGACACCGCCAACCACAGAAACACCGCCAACAACACGGACACCGCCAACCACAGAAACACCGCCAACAACACGUACACCGCCACCUUCACGAACACCGCCACGAACGCGAACACCGCCAACCACACAGACACCGCCACCACGGACUCUGCCCACUCAAUCUCGGCCGACGUCGACGUCGGCGCCAACUCCGAGCCACGCCCCGAGCCGGACUCGUCCCGCGUUCGAGUCGGCCCCGCGCUCGGUGCGCGUCCGCGCCGGUCGCGACGCCGCCUUCUCGUGCCGCGCGUCCGGCCAGCCGCGGCCCCGCGUGUCGUGGGAGAAGGGCGGCCGCGCCAUUGACCACGACGCGGACGGGGGCGGCCGCUACGCGGUGAGCGAGUCGGCGACGAGCGACGCGGCGUGCACGGCGUCCGUGCUGCGCGUGUACUGCGCUCGCGCGGCGGUCGACGCGGCCGAGAUCGUGUGCCGAGCCGCGAACGCGGCCGGGGAGGUGACGGUCAUGGUGAGGCUCGAGGUGGACGAGGAGGAGGUGGCAGACGACGUGGAGGAGAAGGGGUCUCGUCACUCGAGGCGAGAGCCCUCGCGGUCACAGGGCAGCUCGGCGUAUCCGCACGCCAACGGCGAGAGGAAAAGUGGCGGUUACGAGGAGCGAAUAGGUGGUGGUGAUGGUGGUGAUGAUGAUGAUGACCACGAAUGGCGGAAGCAGAAGGAAGAGGAGGAAUACUUUUCGCCUCGGUUACUCGAGGCCAAGCGACGGAUGGAAGGUCUGGGUCUGGAAUUGAAGAAACUCCGCGACGGGAGCGCGUGCGGGCAAGACGACCUCAUCUCGUCCGCACAUCGGCAUCACAAGCAGCAGCAACAGCAACAUCAUCGCCACCGCCGUCAUCAACGUCACCACGAACAGCAGCAGCAGGAGCAGCCGCCCGUGAAGCCCAUGAGCUACACCAUCUCGGAGGGGAAGCACGCCAAGUUCAGCUGCAACGUGACGGGCAAGCCGAGGCCGCGCAUCGUGUGGAAGAAGGAGGGACGCGAGCUGGGCGAGGGACGGCGCCACCUCCUCUACGAGAGCGACGAGGGCCUCUUCGUGCUCAAGGUGCUGUACUGCCGCGCGCGCGACCAGGGCCUCUACACCUGCGAGGCCUCCAACCGCGUCGGCUUCACCUACAGCGCCGUGCAGCUGCACGUCAGAGAGCCGCCGUGCCCAUUCCGGAGCCGGCUGCGCGACAUGGAGGCGCGGGAGGGCGGCGUCGCCACCCUGGAGUGCGAGGUGGCGCGCGCCGGGGACGAGGCGGCGUGGUUCCUGGAAGAGCGGCGGCUGGGGCACUCGGAGAAGCACGCCGUGGAGAGCUCGGGCAAGCUGCGCCGCCUCGUCGUGCGCGACCUCGGCCCCGACGACGACGGGGUGUACGUGUGCGAGACCGCCGACGGGAGCCGCACCGUGGCCGAGCUGAGCGUCACAGGUAAGAUCGCGAAGCGGCUGCCCCGGCGGGUGAAGGUGGCGGCGGGCGGCGGCGCCGUGCUGGAGGCGGAGGUGGCGCGCUCCGGCGGCCAGGUCCACUGGCUGUGGGCCGGCCGGGAGGUGCGGCCGGAGGCCCACGGGGAAGGGGACGACCCCCGCGCCCGGGCCGCGAUGGACGGGGCGAAGCGGCACACGCUCACCCUGCACGCCCUCGAGCUGCGCGACAGCGGCCCCGUGGUGUUCGUGGCGGACGGAUCGCGGUCGACCGCGCAGCUCCUCGUCGUGGGUGCGGACCGACUCGGCAGCGGCGGCAGCAUGCUGCCCACGCUGGGCGAGCUCACGGACACGAGCGUCACCGUGCGCUGGACUCCGCUGCCGGACGCGCGGGGCUACGCGGUGGAGCGGAACGCGCUCGGCCGCCCCGAGUGGCUGCGCUGCCACGCGGAGGAGCUGCUCACGGAGCCGUGGCUGCGCGUGCGCGUCCCCGAAAGCGCGGAGUACCGCUUCCGCGUGUUCGCGCUGCGCGCCGGAGCCCUCCCCGGCAGCUGCGAGGCCGUGCCAGGCACCGCGACGCUCGCCGUGGAACCGGUGGUAUUGCGGGCUCCACACGACCUCCGGGUGAGCGAGGGGCAGGACGCCGAGUUCCGGGUGGUGCCAGGCGGUCGCUACGAAACGCGCACCGAGGGCCACGCGCGCCUCCUCGUCAUCCGGGACGUGGACGCAGGCGACAGCGGGGCCCAGGUGGAGUUCCGGUGCGGCGAGGAGUGUGGGCGAGCCGCCACGCUCACCGUCACAGCCGCCCCAGACCUCUUCGUUCGGGACCCGGAGCCGAGUACGGACGUGCGUGCCGAGUCGGGGAGCCCCGCCGUGCUCGCGUGCCGCGUGCGUCGCCCCGGAUCGCGAGUCCGCUGGCUCGGGCCCGGCGGCAUCGACCUCCUCGUCGACAAGCGGCCACCGCCUCCGUCUCGAGGUCAUGGCCACCAGGAGACGGGGGCCGGCGAGGGCAGCGGAGGUGCGAGGAGGAAGGAAGGCGAGGAGGAGGGGGAGGAGCAGGGGGAGGUGGAGUUCAGCGAGCGGAGCGAAGGGACGCUGCGAGAGCUGACCGUGCGCAGAGCGCGGCCCGGUCACUCGGGGCAGUACACGUGCGCGACGAGCGGCGACUCGCUCACCUUCCGGCUGAGCGUUGCGGAGCCGCCCGCGACCUUCGUGUCUCGCGAGGAGACGCUGACGAGCGUGGAGGCGGUGGAGGGCGAGCGCGCGGAGCUGAGCUGCGUGGUGUCGCGCGGGGACGCGAGCGUCGCGUGGCUCAAGGAGGGACGCACGCUCUCCGAGCAGCAGCAGCAGGAGCUCGGCCUCCGCCUGGAGGCGUCGGGGACGCUGCGCCGCCUCGUCAUCGACCGCGCGCAGGCGGCGCACGCCGGCGUCUACACGUGCGACACGGGGCACGAGCGCGUGGACUUCACGGUCCGCGUCACCGAGCCGCCCGCGACCUUCGUGUCUCGCGAGGAGACGCUGACGAGCGUGGAGGCGGUGGAGGGCGAGGAGGGACGCACGCUCUCCGAGCAGCAGCAGCAGGAGCUCGGCCUCCGCCUGGAGGCGUCGGGGACGCUGCGCCGCCUCGUCAUCGACCGCGCGCAGGCGGCGCACGCCGGCGUCUACACGUGCGACACGGGGCACGAGCGCGUGGACUUCACGGUCCGCGUCACCGAGCCGCCCGCGACCUUCGUGUCUCGCGAGGAGACGCUGACGAGCGUGGAGGCGGUGGAGGGCGAGCGCGCGGAGCUGAGCUGCGUGGUGUCGCGCGGGGACGCGAGCGUCGCGUGGCUCAAGGAGGGACGCACGCUCUCCGAGCAGCAGCAGCAGGAGCUCGGCCUCCGCCUGGAGGCGUCGGGGACGCUGCGCCGCCUCGUCAUCGACCGCGCGCAGGCGGCGCACGCCGGCGUCUACACGUGCGACACGGGGCACGAGCGCGUGGACUUCACGGUCCGCGUCACCGAGCCCCCGGCUCGCUUCGUGUCGCGCGAGGAGACGCUCACCGACGUGGAGGCGGUGGAGGGGGAGGACGUGGCGCUGGGCUGCGAGGUGUCGCGCGACGACGCCGCCGUCUCGUGGCAGCGCGCGGGCGGCGAGGAGCUGAGCGACGACGAGCGGCGCGAGCGGCUGAGCGACGGGGUCGAGCGGGCGCUCGUGCUGCACGGGUGCGAGGCCGCGGACGCGGGGACGUACGUGUGCGUGACGCGCGACGGAGACGCCAUCGAGUUCCACGUGCGCGUCACGGUUACGCAUCGUACCAGGUCCAGGUCCAGUUCUGACAUUUACUCACCACCAAAGUUUUCUUCUGCCGUCGCUACUCCUCCCCCUUGCCCCACAGCCCCCCCCGCGCUCUUCACGCAGCCCCUGCGCGACGUGUACGCGCGCGCCGGGGAGCCCGUUGCGCUCGGCUGCCUCGUGUCGGACCCGCGGGCACACGUGACCUGGCUCCGGGACGGGCUCCCCCUGGGCGAGGGGGGCGAGGAGGAGGAGGAGGAGGGCGAGCGGUGGGAGGAGGUGGUGGCGGAGGAGGGCGUCAGGCGGGAGCUGCGGAUCGCGCGCGUGGCGCUCGAGCACGAGGGCGAGUACACGUGCGAGACGAGCGGCGACGUCACGAGCGCGUGGCUGGCCGUCGAGGUUCCUCGUCCCGUGGAGUUCGUGUCGGAGCUGCACGGGCUCACGGUGCUGGAGGGCGAGGACGCGACGUUCCGCUGCUCGGUCUUGCCGGCCGACGCGGCCGUGCGCUGGGAGCUGCGUGGCGCCGCAUUGGAGGCCGGGGGCCGUGCAUCGCUCCACGAGGAUGGCGCCGCCCGCUCGCUGCUCCUGCGCGCCGUCACGGCGCUCGACGCCGGCGAGGUGGCGGCACUGGCCGACGGAGCGGAGACGCGGGCCCUGCUCCGCGUGCAAGAGGCCCCCGUGUCGUUCGUGCGCGGGCUGGAGGCGACGGCGGCGGAGGAAGGUGACGACGUGGUGUUCACCGUGGAGUUGUCGCGAGCGCAGGCCGAGGUGCGCUGGGCACGCAACGGCGUGCUGCUGAACCCCGGAGCCGAGCGCGCCGAGCUGCGCGUGCACGGACCGCUGCGCUCGCUCACCGUGCGCUCCGUCAGCUUCUCGGACCGCGGCGUCUACUCCUGCGAGAGCCUCCACGAGCGCACGCAGGCGCGGCUCAGCGUGGAGCCUCGCCAGGUGCGCCUGGUGCAGGCUCCGAGCGCGGUGGAGGCGACGGAGCGCGGCACGGCCACGUUCUCGCUGCGCCUCUCUCACGCCGACGUGCCGGGCCAGUGGUUCCGCGACGCAGUGCCCGUGUCUCCGGGGCCCCUGUGCCGUGUCGCGGCGUGCGGCACGGAGCACAGCCUCACGCUCGCGGCGCUCUCCCUCGACGACUCGGGCCUCGUCUCCUUCCAGGCCGAGGGGGUGCACUGCUCGGCGAGGCUCACGGUCAGAGAGCCGCCCGUGAGGUUCGUCCGUGAGCUGGAGGAGACGCGCGCACCCGAGAAGUCACGCGUCACCCUCGAGUGCGAGGUGUCGCGCGAGUUCGCCGACGUCAAGUGGUACAAGGAUGGAGAGGAGGUGAAGCCGGGCGGCCGGUGCCGCCUCAUGUCCCAGGGCCCGCGGCGCUCACUGCUCGUGCCGCGGUGCGAGCGCGCCGACUCGGGGAUCUACGCGUGCGUGGUCACGGGCGACACACGCACCGAGGCAGCGCUGCGGGUGCACGCUCGCGACGUGCGCAUGGUGCAGCGGUUGACGGAGUGCGACGUGGAGGAGGGGCAGGCAGCCUCGUUUGAGUGUGAGACCACUCACGACGAGGUGAGCGCCGUGUGGACUCUCAACGGGACGCGACUCAAGCCCGGGGACAACGUCCGCAUCCGAGAUGAGGGCACGCGGCACAGCCUGGUGCUGGGGUGUGUGCGCGCCGAGGACGCCGGGGAGGUGGGGUUCUCCGCCGAGGGCGCCGAGUGCACGACUCGGCUCCGCGUCCGAGAGUUGCCGGUCCGCAUCACAAAGCCGCUACGCGACAAGAUCGCCAUCGUGGGCCGGCGCGCCGUGCUCGAGUGCCGCGUGUCGCGCGCCACCACCCGCGUCUCCUGGCAGCACGGCGGGCGCGAGCUGGCGGCGGGCGAACGCUACCAGAUGGGCGCGCAGGGCGAGUACCGCACGCUCGUCAUCGUCGAGGCGGCCUUCAGCGACGAGGGCUCCUACACGUGCCGCGCCGGGGAGGCCUCGUCGUCAGCGCGGCUGCUCGUCGAGGACCAAGUGCUCCAGGUGACGCGUGAGCUGCAGGACGUUCGGGUCCCGUCCUCGGGCACCGCUGUCUUCGAGGUGGAGCUUUCGGGCCCCGCGGCGCGGCCCCCGCGCUGGGCCCUCAACGGGACGCGGCUCCGCGACGGCAGCGGUGGCGCCCACAUGGAGGCGCGUGGCACUGUCUACCGCCUCUCGCUGUUUGAGCUGCGAGCCUCCAUGAGCGGCCUCGUCGAGUUCUCUGCCGGGGAAGCCAAGAGCUCGGCGCGGCUCACGGUUGCGUGAAGGGGCACCGAGACGGCAGCCGUGAUGAGGGGGCCUCGGUUUGAUCCCUGGUGCCGGGGCUGUCCUUGCUGCCUGGUGGCGGGGCGUCCAUAAUGACGGUGCCGUGUUGGAACCAGAACUGGCACGGCAGAGAUCCUGGGUUUGAGCGCUGAGGUUGAGUAGCGUUUUGCUGUCUCGUAGCGGAUGUCCAUAAUGGUGGUGUUUGAGAUGCUGAGUUGGCACUGCAAGGAGCAUGAGUUUGAGCUCUUAAGGUUGGGUGGCUAUUGUUGUUUCAUAGGGGGAGGUUCACAGUGACUGUGUCAAAACUGCUGAACCACCAUGGUAGGGUUGCUAGCUUCAGGCCCCGGGGCUGGGCGUAUAUCUCUCUGUUACACAAAUGGGAGGGGUUUAUAAUGGCCAUGUCAGAGAGACUGAGUAUGAACCACCGAGGUGCAGUGUUUGAGCUCUGUAGAUGUGUGUGUCUCAUUGGCUUACAGAGUUCAUAAUGGUUGUUUGAGAUGCUGAGUCAGUUCUGCUGAGAUCCUGGGUUUGAGUCCUGGGUCUGGGAUUCUCUUUCACAAACAGGGUUUAUAACCAUCUUGCUGAGAUCCCAUGAUUAAGACCUAGGGUCGGGUGUUUUUUGUUGUCUCAAAGGGGCAUUCAUAAUGACUUUGACUGAGGCACUGAGCCAUCACCGCUGAGAUCUUAGGUUUAAUCCUGGGGGCCUUUCACCGGCUCAUAAUGGUUCUAUCUGAGUCAGCACCACUUGGUGGUUUGUGGAGGUUGGUGAUGGUUAGUGGGAGGUUUAUAUUGGUUUCUGGAUGUUGGUGGCUGACAGAUGUCAAUGGUUGAGAUGAUGAUGUUGGUGGCAAAAGUAUACAUUUUACUAAUGUAGGAGAAAAAUUGAACAAGGUCGUGUCACCCCCUUUACUCAGUUUUUAUUUUAGCCUUCAUGAUAUUAAUCAUGGAAUGAAGAUUACAUGGUAGCAGCCCUGAACUACUGGUCGAAAUUCCACUUUUAUAUGAUGAGGACCAGUUGAUCCAGAGGACAAUUCUGAUCCUGAUGUCUAAUUUGCAAUAAAAAACCCACAGGCUGAAAUUUGAAGAAUUGUCUGUGAACUCUUACAGAAGGUGUAACUCAAAAAUUAAACUGCUCUUGUAGAAAUGUAUUAAAGUGAUGUCACUACAUUGACAUUAUUAAACCGUAUGGGAGUAACAUCACGAUAGUGCCAGAAGGACAUGCCUGAACCUACCUUCAAAGAUAUAUAUAGUAUUUUACCAACAAUGACAUUUUAAACUCAUGUGGAACAGCCCAGAGACACUCAGUCGAGGCGAGCAGCUACAAGAUAAGAGCUGUUGGGUUGUGUCUUCCUUUAACCUGGUCACGGCGAUUCGUUUUGUGAUCCCCACAAGGCUUUGUGCGCCCUUCACUUUGUUGGGGUUAACUCGGCUGUUCAGCCCCCUAUGUGGGCGAUACAUUGGUUGUCGUAUAAAUAUACUCACAUUUACAAUGGGAAUGUGGAAUUUCCACCACUGGUUCAGCGCUGUUAAUAAAAGAUGAGCACCGUCCAAUAUUGAUUUGCACUGAAAACCACUCUUGACUCUUUUUUGGCCCGAUUGGCACAGGCCGGUAACAAUCAUAUGUGGAAAAUGACGUUAAAUAGAGAUGUUUCUUAAACCAUUGCAAACUGAUAACUCGCCUCAAGGAGGUACUUAAUGUAUUUGGAGUAUUUUAAUGAGCAGAUUUAUAUUCAUGUAAAAAUAGUAAAUUGAUCGAUAAAAGCUAACAUGAAAUGAUGACUCGUUGGUUUUACAAACAUCGGUGAAAUAAACACAUACGAGCGUCUGAUAGACCCUAAUUAAACAAACACAACGAGGUGAUUGUGUGGCUCAGAGUCAGAGAUACCGUGAUCCUGGGCCUGAAUCCAGGUCUCACGCACCCGUGGUAAAAGUGGCUUUCACCUGUAGCAAGUUGCCGGUCUCCGCCCGCUCCAACAAUUCAACAAAAAAGUAAUCGCAUCAAAAAAAUUCCGCUUUAAAUUCAUUUGUUAGGUUUGUUUUUGAUGUACAAUUAUUAUUUUUUUGCAGGUUAAUAAUAUAUUUUUUGGGGUUCGGCCAAUUAUAAAUUGUAAGGUUGGCUGUCAAAAAAACUACGUGUUGAGUUCGCCUUUGCCGGGAAUUAAAAUGUUUGCCUCUCGUGUGGAUAAAGAAGCAGGAUGAAGUGACGAGA